GUGGUAUGAUGGCUGCGUGGUCCCAUGGUGUUUAUACUUGUGUAAUGUUGUUUAUACAGAUGAACGUGGUACCUUCAGGCAUUUGGAAAUUGCUCCCAAGGAUGAACCAGACUUGUGGAGGUCCACAACUUUUGCUGAUUUGUUUUGAUUUUCCCAUGAUGUCAAGCAAAGAGGCACUGAGUUUGAAGUAGGAUCCGCGAAUCAGCGUUCUGAAAGCGGCCGGGAUGACGAGCAGCGCCAGGUACAAGAGUCGGGCGGUGAAAACAGAGGAUGGAGAGGAGAAAGAGUAUGUUGGCUUUGCCACCCUCCCAAACCAAGUACACAGGAAGUCGGUUAAAAAAGGCUUUGAUUUCACUCUCAUGGUGGCAGGGGAGUCUGGUCUUGGAAAGUCCACCCUGGUCAACAGCUUGUUCCUCACAGAUUUGUACAAGGACAGGAAACUACUGAACGCUGAAGAGCGUAUUAAUCAGACAGUGGAGAUCAUCAAACACACUGUUGACAUUGAAGAAAAAGGCAUUAAGCUGAAAUUGACCAUUGUGGACACACCAGGUUUUGGAGAUGCCGUCAAUAAUACUGAGUGCUGGAAGGCCAUUACUGACUUUAUCGACCAGCAGUUUGAGCAGUACUUUCGAGAUGAAAGCGGCUUGAACAGAAAGAAUAUCCAGGAUAACCGUGUUCACUGCUGCCUGUACUUCAUCUCUCCGUUUGGACAUGGUUUGCGGCCAGUGGAUGUAGAGUUUAUGAAGGCACUGCAGGACAAGGUCAACGUGGUUCCGCUCAUUUCCAAGGCUGACUAUCUGACGCCAAUAGAGAUGAGGAAGAUGAAGGACAGGGUGAGAGACGAGAUUGAGAAGUUUGGAAUCAAAGUGUACCAGUUUCCAGACUGCGAUUCCGAUGAGGAUGAGGAGUUCAAGCAACAGGACCGAGAACUGAAGGAGUGCACCCCAUUUGCCGUGAUUGGGAGUAACACAGUAGUGGAGAUCAAAGGUCAACGGGUGAGAGGGAGACUUUACCCAUGGGGCAUUGUGGAAGUGGAGAAUCAGUCCCAUUGUGAUUUCGUCAAGCUGAGAAACGUGUUGAUUCGCUCGCAUAUGCACGACUUGAAAGACAUCACAUGUGAUGUGCACUACGAAAACUACAGGGCACAGUGUAUACAGCAAAUGACAAGCAAACUGACCCAGGAUAAUCGUGUGGAGAGCCCCAUCCCAAUAUUACCACUGUCCACCCCUGAUGUAGAAACAGAGAAGCUAAUAAAGAUGAAAGACGAAGAGUUGCGGAGAAUGCAGGAAAUGCUUCAGAAAAUGCAACAGCAGAUGCACGAACAGGACCUGUGAAUGACGCCCCAUGAACAAAGAUUUAAACUUCUGCUUGUUGACAUUUUUACACAAGCAGACACCACACUUCAACAACACACUGAAAGAUAUGCAGAAUGGGAGCAAACAAGCAUAUUUGUAUGUUAGAACACAAUACACAGAUAUGAAAGGCAAGCAUGGGCUGAGCACUACGGUUUCAACAGGGUCUAGUUUCUAAAACAGGUUCCGAGUUGAAAUAUUUUGUCAAACUAAAAAUCUUGUUUCUAUUGUUUUCACAUUUUGUACAGAGUAUAUGGUCCUUUACGAAUGUUUCCAUGGCAAUGACUGCUUUAUACACAGCAGACGUCAAAUGCUAGUCUUGUUCUUUUAUCUAGAGUUUUUGUUUACAAUUUUGUGUGGCCCUUUUGUAAUCCAAUUUUUGUAUUUUUAGUAAUUAAUGAGUGUGUGUGAGUGUGUGUGUCUGUGCUGAUUUGCUUAAAACAGAGCGUGGAGUGGAAAAGUAUAUGGGUGAUUUUAAACAUUUUGAAGCAGCUACUGUACACCAACACUUAAUAAUUAUCAAAAUAUUUGCAGUAUUGUAGCAAAUCUAUGCUAUGGAUCAUCUUUAACCAGUAAAAUAUACCUUUUACACAAGAUGUAUUUAUUUUUAUUGUUUAUUAAUUUUUUUUGUAGUCUUUGAAGGCCUUAUAACCCUUCAGUUGCAAACUUAAAUUGUGAACGAUUACUGUACUAACUCCAGUUUUUAAAUUGCGUAGAACUGCUAAGAUGUUUUCUUUAACAGAUUUUUUAUAGAUGCUUUAGUCAUAAUAUGCCACUUAUAAGAGGAUAAUGUCUGUCCUAAUAUAAUAAGUUAUUCAUGAUAUUUAGCACUUAUAUAACUCAAGUAAUCACAAAACCAGAUAUCAGACCAUCUUUAUGAGUAGGGAGGCUCUUACAUAUUUUCUAUCACCUGAAUGUGUUGUUUUAGAUUGAUGCAUUUUGAUAUGUUUACCCUGCAUGUGUUUGGUCAAGCUAUUGAGCAUGAUAAAUAAAUACACCAUGUGCCAUCA